AUGUACGCUUGGUUGAUCAGUAACGAAUUGAAUAGUACGAUCACUAUAAACACCGAUGCGGUGACACUCAAUGAACAACCAGUAAAUGUGCCAACUACUUCCAAGAAUGUCUCACCAUCGAGUAUUAAGACAACCACUUCAUCACAUUCGCCACGUUCAGUUACAUCGCCUCGUCAUGGUCGUUCAUCUCCACGAACAAACCCGUCAUCUUCAUCAUCACCUCGUACCACAACACAACAUGCAGAUGCUGCCGCUGCUGCUGCUGUUGCUUCUUCAUUCAGUAAAGAUGCUAUCAGGGAGACGCUUUUGCAGCCGUCACCAUCACUUCAGCGAACUCGUAUGAGUCGUAAAGGUUUGGAGGUUUCUGCAGCAAUGUUAGAAUUGUUCGGUGGAAAGCCAGCUGUAGAUGCAAGUGCUUCUCUUGAGCAGAUUGAUGCACAUUCUUCGUUAUCGGAGCUUGGCCAAAAGUCACAUACUGAAGGUGCUACUAUGGCUGUCAAUUCAACAGAUUCCACCAAACCACUCGAUGAGGUACCCAGUAAUGCUAUUGACACUGACAUUAAAAAUAGUAUUGCUAUCAGCGAAAGACAACUCUUAACCGAACGGAAACAACUACUAAAUGACCAAUCAACUGUUUUUACUAUGGGUACUGAAAUUUCUAAUUCUAAACGACGAAAGGAUUUUGAUUCGGGUGUCAGUUCAGAACCAGGCCCUGAAUUGUUUACCGAACAAAACGUGGUUAUUGAUGGUGACAGCUCCAUUGUCACUACGGGUGUUACCGAUGAUAUUCCUCAACUACCAGAAGAACGGCAUCGAACAACUGACAUUGCCGAACUAGAAACUGCAACCGUCUUAAGUUACUCAACUAACACAUCAUCCUCAUCGCAGCUUUCAAGUCGAAGUUCAAAGCGUCGCACUUCUAACAAGAAAAAGAAUGAUGCGGAUGCGCCAGGUCCCGAAUAUUACGGUGAGAAUGAGGAUGAAACAGCAACAACUUAUUGUGCUUUAGCAAGUAAUAAUGCUGUUAGGAGUACAAGUAGUUUUAGUAGUAGCAGUAAUGAUAGCAGACGAAGCAGCAGUUUUGAGGGUACCAAUUUAGCUACUGCUGCUUCUGGAGACCGUGAUGUGACAGCUAAUGGAAAGAAACAGCGAGAAAAGAGCAUUGGAACGAUGGGUGAUGAGGGAGAGGGAGAGGGCAAUGUUGAUGAAGAAAUGGUAUUGAGGCAGAACGAGAAACGAGACGAUGAACAACGACAACAAAUGAGAGAAGGAGGAGGGGUUGAAGCGGAGAAUGCUCGUGACGAAGAGGAUGACAAUACGCUGCACAAAGCCAAAUCCAGAACGAACGACAGCGGUAGUGCAGCAGGCGAACAAGUCGACGGGAUGCCGGUCGCCACACAAGCGCCGAUUCUUAUUCGAGGCGCGCAAAUCGUGAAUGAUGAUUCAAUCUUUAACGCGGAUGUUCUAAUCGAAGAUCGAAUUAUCAAACAAGUUUCAACAUCACUUGAUGCGCCAAAUGGUGCGACGAUCAUUGAUGGUAACGGCAAACUACUAUUACCAGCCGGUAUCGAUGUGCAUACCGAUUUGUCAUCUGCGAAUAAUGCCGAUGAUUUUGCAACAGGAUCAAAAGCUGCACUCGCCGGUGGCACCACUACUGUUAUUGAUGUUGUCAUACCACGUUCGACUGAAUCCAUUUUGGGAGCAUGUGAUCGUGUACGAAAGGCGGCUGAACAAAAGGCAUUAUGCAAUUUCGCAUUCAGUGUGAUGAUCUCAUCAUGGAAUGAUAUUGUUAAAAAGGAAAUGGGUUUAGUCGUUAAGGAGAAGGCGAUCAAUAGUUUCAUCAUUGAUCUGCGUUCGGAUGAACACCUAUUUCAGGCAUUCGAAUACUGUAAAUCGAUCGGUGCGCAUGCUCGUGUUUUGCCGUAUAACAAGAAUAUUGUAUCCUUUCUAGAAAGGAAAAUGAUCUCAUUGGGUAUCACUGGCCCUGAAGGCUAUCUGCAAUCUAGGCCAGAAUCGUUAGAAGGUGAAUUUGUUGAUCGUCUAGCGGUACUGAGCAAUCUCACGAAUUGUCCGGUUUCGGUGAUGUCAGUUUCGUCGUCAGAAGCACGUGACGCCGUGAUGCGUGGCCGUUUUACAUCACUCAUCUAUCCAGAAAUUUCUGUGAGCGCGUUGGCAUCGAAUGGCACACACUAUUUCAAUAAAUGUUCACGUCACGCAUCCGCGCAUUUAACGCCAUGCCCUCUACGUGUCGACCAGCGUACUCCAACACUUCUAGUUGAAUGUCUUGCAAAUUCGCCUUUAUGCGUUUGCGUUUCGGAUCAUCGUGGUCUCCGCGAUCGUACGCUCGGUUGUAGUGAUUUCACGCAAAUGCCAGUUGGUGUAUCGGCGUUAGAAGAACGUAUGAGUGUGGUGUGGGAGAAAGCUGUCUACCAAGGCUAUAUGGAUCCGAUGCGUUUUGUUGCUGUAACGAGCAGUAAUGCGGCAAAAAUAUUCAAUUUAUAUCCCAAAAAGGGGCGUAUAGCGGUUGGUGCCGAUGCGGAUGUGGUUCUGUGGGAUACGAGCGUGAAACGCAAGUUCUCAUCAAAAACGCAACAAUCACAAAGCGAUUUCUCGAUAUUUGAAUCGUUUGUUGCACAUGCGGCUCCGCUUCUAACAGUUUGUGAUGGGCGAUUAGCGUAUCGUGAUGGAAAGUUUGACAAUGAAGCUGGCCAUUUUGUACCGCUUUCAACGCAUUCACCGUAUUUGUUCUGUGUGGUACAACAACGGGAUCGAGUUCAAGUUCCCGAAAAAGUUGAACGUGAUGAAGCAUCGUCAACAUUCGGAGGUAGCCAAACACAUCGAGCCUCACCACCGUUCCGUCAAACUGCUGAGGCGCGCCAUCAUCCGCGAAAUCAGUUCGAUACAACAUUCGGUAUAGAGCAAGACGCUCGAUCGACACGUGCUUCAACAAAAGUCUUGAAUCCACCUGGUGGUCGUUCGACUGGCUUUUGUGCAGUUGGCGAAUCGCUGUCAAAGCCUCAAAAUUUGAAGCGUGAAAUUGAUGCGGAAGGACGUUACGUAAUGCCAGGUGGUAUAGACCCACAUACGCAUCUCCAAUUUCCAUUUAUGGGACAAGUUUCUGUCGAUGACUUUUACAUAGGAUCAAGGGCUGCACUCGCCGGUGGUACCACAAUGUUUAUUGAUUUCGUCAUACCACAGAAGAGCGAGCUUCCACUAGCGGCAUAUGGCAAAUGGAGAGAAUGGGCAGACAGCAAGGUGUGUUGUGAUUAUGGUUUGUCGAUGGCGAUCACGUCAUUCAAUGAAACCGUAAAAAAAGAGAUGCAAAUGCUUGUCGAAUCCGCUGAGUUCGGUAUCAAUUCAUUUAAAUUUUUUAUGGCAUAUAAUGAGUUCAUGUUGAACGACGAUGAGCUGUAUCAGGCAAUGCUUGAAUGCGCUCGAAUUGGCGCAUUAGCAAGAGUCCAUGCCGAAAAUGGACGUGUUAUUAUUGAGAAGCAAAAAGAACUGCUGAAACAAGGAAUAACUGGACCCGAAGGACAUCCACAAAGCCGUCCUGAGCAGUUAGAAGCUGAGGCAACGAAUCGAGCAUGUGUUCUAGCAUCACAAGCAAACUGUCCAUUAUAUAUUGUUCAUGUGAUGUCGAAGGAUGCAGCUCGAGUGAUCGCUACGCAUCGUCUGCGUGGUAACGUUGUUUUUGGAGAACCAAUUGCAGCUGGUCUUGCGACAGAUGGCUCACACUAUUAUAAUGAAGAUUGGUGUCAUGCUGCCGGUCAUGUUCUGUCACCACCUCUGAGUCGUGAUCAGAACACACCGUCUAUUCUUAUGGAUCUACUCGCUUGUGGGCAACUUCAUCUGACAGCCACAGAUAAUUGCACAUUUACGAUGGAGCAAAAGAUGGCUGGUAGAAAUGAUUUUACAAAAAUACCAAACGGUGUUAAUGGAAUUGAAGAUCGUAUGAGUGUCGUUUGGGAGAAGGGCGUUUGCGGUGGUAAAAUUGAUGCGAUGCGUUUUGUGGCUAUCACAAGUUCAACGGCUGCAAAAAUUUUCAACAUAUAUCCUCGGAAGGGUCGUAUUGCGGUCGGUUCCGACGCAGAUUUGAUCAUUUGGAAUGGCGAUGCUAAGCGAACGAUUUCGGCAAAGACGCAUCAUCAUGCAUGCGAUUUCAAUAUUUUCGAAGGCAUGACCGUGCAUGGCGUUUGCGAGAAAACGAUUUGUCGAGGUGAAGUGGUUUGGGAGAAUGGUCAACUGAAUGUUGAGCGUGGAUUUGGUCGUUUUGUCAAGCUCACACCAUUCUCAAAAUAUUGCUUUGCAACAAUAUCGCAACGUGCUCAGGUGUUUAGAUUUUUCAAAAAAAUUGUAUAG